AGAGAACCUUCUUAGCAAAGCUGAAUGUACCAAAAUAUGGACAGAAAAAAUAAUGAAACAAACUGAAGUGUUACUGCAACCAAAUCCAAACUCUAGGAGGGAGAGACAGCUUUGAGCAAGCAAAAGCCCAAAAAAGAUGUCAGAAGUAUAUGACUCUUUGGUUCUUAAAGAUGCCAGGAUAGAAGAAUUUGUUUAUGAGAAACUGGAUAGAAAAGCUCCAAGUCGUGUAAACAACCCAGAACUUUUGGGACAAUAUAUGAUUGAUGCAGGGACUGAGUUUGGCCCUGGAACAGCUUAUGGUAAUGCUCUUAUUAAGUGUGGAGAAACACAAAAGCGAAUUGGAACUGCAGACAGAGAGCUGAUUCAAACAGCAGCUUUAAAUUUUCUCACUCCUUUAAGAAACUUUAUAGAAGGAGAUUAUAAAACAAUUGCUAAAGAAAGGAAGCUACUACAAAAUAAGAGACUGGAUUUGGAUGCUGCAAAAACCAGACUAAAAAAGGCAAAAGCUGCAGAAACUAGAGCUUCACAACUAAACUCAGCUCACCUUGAAGGAGAUAACAUUAUGGUAAAUUUCUCUUACAUGCUCAACUUCCUGCAUGUAAAAUGGCUAAAGAUUUGGGCAGAGGAAGUGACAAAAUCUGAACAGGAGUUAAGAAUAACUCAAAGUGAAUUCGAUCGUCAGGCAGAGAUUACCAGACUUCUGCUAGAAGGAAUUAGCAGUACACACGCCCAUCACCUCCGCUGUCUGAAUGACUUUGUAGAAGCCCAGAUGACUUACUAUGCACAAUGUUACCAGUACAUGUUAGACCUUCAGAAACAACUGGGAAGUUUUCCAUCCAGUUAUCAUUCUAACAACAAUCAGACUUCCGUGGUACCUGCACCAUCUGCUUCAUCAAAUGUGAUUGGUUCUUCUGCCAUGACUUCAAGUGGCCUAGUAAUGACCUCUCCUUCCAACCUUAUUGACCUUAAGGAGGGCAGUGGCAGCAGAAAGGCCAGGGUUCUAUACGAUUAUGAUGCUGCAAACAGUAGUGAAUUAUCACUUCUUGCAGAUGAGGUGAUCACUGUGUACAGUGUCGUUGGAAUGGAUUCAGACUGGCUAAUGGGGGAAAGGGGAAAUCAGAAGGGUAGGGUGCCAAUUACCUACUUAGAACUGCUCAAUUAAAUAGGAGGACUAUGGAAAGAUUAUCCAUCAUGACACCCUAUUUAUAUACAACUAACUCUAAAUAAAGCAGGUUGAGUAUCUUCCAUGUUAAUGUCUUAAAGAGACUGAAAAGAAAAUACCAGCCAUCAGAAACGGGCUUUCUGCCAAUAAAAUUGCUUGGUAACUAUUUCAUUACAGAAUUUAUGUUAGAACUUUCAUACCAAGAAUGUUUUCUUAUAAAAUUCUCUUUCUACUGAGGUUUCACUAAUAAGCAGCUUCUACUUUUGAGCCCCAACUUAAAACAGAAGAACUGUUUUCUACUGAAUUUUUCAUUAAUGGCAAGCUUUUUCUUUUCUGUAAAAUAAAUUUAUUGUGAAUUGAUAUCAGUGACUCAUUUAUUAGGUAUAGCCAAAGAAUAAAAUUAAAAUUUGUUUUUAACUUUUGGUUUCAGAAGAGACCUAGGAUAUAAACCUCUUUUGUGAAGAAUAUGUUUCUGAAUGUUUCCUUGAACAGAAAUGCAAUUAUACCAUGUUUACCUUGUUUUCCAACAGAAGUUGAAUGAUUUCAAUACCAUAUUUCAAUGGGUUAUUUUGAGGGGGGGUUGUUUAUUUUAUUAAACACUACUGAAUGAUUUAAAUUUAAGAACAACUAGUCUUUGAAAAGCACUACCAUAUUUCUCUGGUAUUUUUGCAGUAAAGGUUCUAAAAUAUCUGAGGCUAGUUCAAUUCACUAAGCAAUGUUUUAAGAUUGUUCAAUUGGCACAGUUUAAGCAUGAUCAGAAUUGGACUCAUUAAGAACAUACUGCAGUACAAUACAGAGAAUUUGUUCUUACUGAACAACAAAUCUUUAUAAAAAUACAAACCAGUGAAACUACAUUCAUCAUAAAGUGUAUACAAACAAUCCACUUUUGGUUACUCUGAGCUUACUAAUAAAAUUUUGAAAACUUGUUAACUUAUAAAAUAUUGAUAAACUUAGUUUAUCUUGAUCAGGAUCUGUAGUUAUAAAACACACACUUACUGAAAUUAUUAGUGACACACUUUGAGUCAGAAAAUUGUUAUUUGGACCAUUGCUGUGAAUCAACAGAUUGUGUCCAUGUUAGAACUUCUGUCAUUCUUAUUCUAUCAUUUAUUAAGCAUUUGUUGAGGUCCAGGUACUGUGUUGAUAACAAGAUGCAGAAUAAGUGUCACUGUCAUGAUAGGAUAAGGUACUGUGUUUUGGUGCUUUGGGCGUCACCUGAUUGAGAUUUGGUGAGUGGGAGGUAGUUUGAAGAGGAAGUGCUUCAUAGAGGAAAAGAUGUGCCAGGCCAGGAGCCAAAAGAGUAUAAUACAUUCUGACAGCGGAAAGUAAUUCAGGCUAACUUACACAAGAAUUGCAGAGAUGUAGCUCAUUUCAGGGAAUGUUAGUGUAUCAAAAUGAUAUUUUUUUUGGUACUUUAAAAAAUGAUAAUACUUAACACAAAAGGAUAUUUCAAAAUGGUGUUUAAGAGUUCCUAAUAACUUGGUAAACAUGUUGAUAAUUUAACUCAGUCUAAACUUUUAACAGUAGUUGUUACCCUUUUAUUUCGGUGCUAUGAGACAAAUUACUCUGAGAUUUUAUACUUGUACAAGACACUUUGAUUCACACUGUGAAUUGCCAUACUCAAGCCAAAAGCUGCUCAAGCUGGUUAGCUAUAGAACCAAGUGAGCAAGCUCCCCCCCCCCCCCCACCCCCCCCCCCCCCGCCCCCCCGAACCCGAGAAAGGAAGUUCUACAGACAGCCUAGAGUACUACCUAUUAUGUUUUAUAAAGUCAAGAUUUAGGCUUUAAAGAUCAUU